AUGGGUCCUCGGCGAGUCCUGGUUCUCCUAUUUCUAGCUGUAUUAGUAGAACUAAUUAGUGGAACUCACUUUCGUGGUGGUAUUAUCACCUGGCGAGCACUUAGCACAACUCCUUCUGGUGCGACUGUUCAGGUUUUGAUUCACCAGCGGUAUUCGUGGCGCCGUGAUUAUUGGUCGAGCAUGUGCACUACUACGACGAUCACUAAUCAGCAAAUCAUCGGUAGUAACACAGGCAAUUUGGACUGCAAUGUUGGCUCCUGUAGUUCAUUCAUAACUCUAAGUGCCGAUGUUAUAUGUACAGAUUACAGCACCUUAACGGACUGUUCCUCAGGAGAAGUAUAUAAUACACUCAGUCUUCCCCUUGGCGGUACUUUUAUAGUGGGAUUCUAUGGCGGUAACUGGUUGGCAUUGGCCAUCGGUGGUAAUGGCGCUUGGCAAGUCACCGGUAAAAUCGAUCUUACAGUGCGCUCUGAUGGUUUAAUCAAUACUUCGCCAGUUACAACUACUCUGCCAGUGAUUUAUCGAACUGUGGGUGUUCAACAUGUUCAAAUUAUUCCAAUGUCCGAUGCUGAUUCCACUGACACACUCCGUUGUCGAUGGUCAACUGAUAAUACACCAAGCAAUGCGAACGGAUACGACGAGUGUGCCUCAGUGUGUGCUCCGAGUCUACCUGCUGGAUACACGCUCUCUCCAGACAAUUGUACUCUCGUCUUUAGGAUUUCGAGCGUAGGUGGUUACUAUGCAGUAGCUCUUCAAAUUGAAGACUUCUAUACAUCAACGAGCCCGACACCCAUGAGUUCAGUUCCAGUUCAGUUUAUGUUCUAUGGUAUAGCAGUUCCUAGUGGUUGUUCUACACCACCCUCCAUAAUUGGUGUUCGACCCAAUUUAGGAGCAGCAAGUGGUAACAGUUUUUGCCAUGCCGAAUCAGCACCAAUUACUAGUUCGACUUUUUGGGUUUUCGAUAUUUGGAACCCAGCUCUUUCGAGUACGACAACAACGACAACGACACCACCUACAAGUCAUACAGUGACUAGCCGAGUAAGAAUAACAGUUCACUUCGAGAUUUUAUUUUUGAGCUUGGCUAUUUCAGCCUCUAGGCACGACGACGCCUUUGGCCAACUUAACAACGACAGGAAUCGUCGUUACUACAACGAAUGCUUCUCAAACUACGAUGUUUACUACAACGGUUACAACUACUACUACAGAGUCAACAACAAGUGAAUAUCUCUUAAUCACAAAGAAAAUCAGUUGUAGUUUUAUGAGAAUAACAAGAGACAAAACCGAAAGGAUGAGUAUUGACAUAUAAGAUGACAUAUUAGAUAGAUUAUAAAAUGAUAUUUGAAGGAAAAGUAGACAUUUUAUAAUAAUAACACACUAUAUGUUUUCUUCUACAUCGAUUACUAGUCGUUUACUUCUAUUUUUGUUUUUCUUCUAAGAUAGAUUUGCUAAAAAGACUAUUGAAAGCUUUGGUAAAUGUGUUCGAAUGUUUUUUUUUCGCAGCAGUUUGAUAUCUUAUCCCGAGAAUCCAAAGUAGUAAUACGCCAUGCGAAGAGUUUUGGUUGAACAAUAUAAACUCCUUAAUAAAAGACAGAUAUGUUUCUCCUAACAGACGUUUCUUAACUAUGACCAAUUCCCGAAGACCACCAGUCCGAUAAAUUAUUUCUUGCUAUGAAGUCGUUUGGUAGAGUGAUGGACCGAAGAGAGCUAGUGUAAGUUAGUAGAUUGGUUUUGCUAUAGUUCUUCCUGUUUUAUUUCGUUAUCCAUGAGAUAACUACGCAUUUUACACAAAAAGACAGAAAAAAGUCGUUCAUAUGCCAGAACAUGACCUUUACUAGCAGAUUGAUCGACUCUAUUCCUGAGUUUCUUCCCAACAGGCAUACACAUAGGUAGAUGUGGGGUGUGGGUGUGGAUGUAUAUAAAAGGAAACAGAUACACCCACACCAACACCCUCACACCC